AUGGCCGAAGGAACGAUUCGACAUACAACAAAUGCAGACGAUAAUUCAUCAAUAUCAAAUAGAUUAACACGUACUACAAUACGCGAAGCAAAUAAUCAUUUACAAAUGUUAUAUACACGUAAUCAAGAAUUAGAACAAAUAAUUAACGAACAAAAAGAAGAAUUACAAAGAAAAGAUCUUGAAUAUAAAAAAUUAUCAAAAUCAAAUGAAUUAUUUGAACGACAUUGUCAACAAUUACAAGCAUUAUUAGAUGAUCGAACUCGACGAUUAUAUGUCUAUGAACAAAAAGAAGUAUUAUUUCGAGAAGCACUUGAACUAAAACCAGCUAUUGAAUCAUUAGUUGAUGUAUUAAAUACAUUUGAACAAGUAGAUAAUGCAUCAUCAUCAUCAUCAUCAUCAUUCAUUUCAAUUAAUCCUAAACCACUUCAAUUUAUACCAUCAACUAGUAAAAAAAACGAUAAUAAUAGCAAUCAUCGUACUGAUCUAGUUUAA